AGCUGACGUGAACUAUGGUAUCUUACUAAUAUUCAGGAAAACGUCGUCUAAAAACAUUUCAUUGAAAACGUUGUCGUAAACUGUUAAUUAAAAGAAAUUGAAAGUUUUCCGAAAUUUUUACGUAAAUGAUGGAGAUUCUAAUAACAGAACUUGAUGUGAAAGACAUAAGGUUUCCAACAUCGUUAUUAGCUGACGGAAGUGAUGCUAUGCACACUGAUCCUGAUUAUUCUUGCGCGUAUGUUACGAUCAAGACUAACAAAGGGAUCGAAGGAUAUGGAUUAACAUUUACUUUGGGCAGAGGCACAGAAAUUGUUGUACAGGCAUGCAAAUCAAUGUUCUAUUUAGUGAAAGGACAAAACGCUAAUGAAAUUUUUGCGCACUUCGGGUCUUUCUGGAGAAAACUGACAAGUGAACCGCAAUUGAGAUGGAUUGGACCAGAAAAGGGCGUUAUUCAUCUUGCUACAGCGGCUAUAAUAAACGCGUUGUGGGAUCUGUGGGCUAGAAUAGAAAAUAAACCUGUUUGGAAGCUACUUACGGAUUUAACUCCUGAACAACUCGUCUCCACGAUUGAUUUUAGAUAUAUCACUGAUGUUAUCACGGAAGAAGAAGCAGUGGAAUUGCUGAAAGUUAAUCAAAAAGAUAAAGAGAAGCGUGAAGAAAUACUACGGAAAACUGGAUACCCAGCAUACACAACGCAAGUGGGGUGGCUUGGAUAUAGUAAUGAUAAAGUUAAAGAGCUCUGUACUAAAUUCUUGUCUCUUGGCUUUACAUCUUUCAAAGUAAAAGUUGGCCAAAAUUUAACAGAUGACAUAAGAAGAUGUCAAUUGGUACGCGAAACAAUAGGAUAUAAAAAUAAAUUGAUGCUGGAUGCUAAUCAAAUAUGGAAUAUCAACGAGUCGAUCGAAUGGAUGAAAAAAUUAGCAAAAUUUAAACCAACUUGGAUUGAAGAACCAACGUCUCCGGAUGAUGUAUUGGGCCAUUUAAAGAUCGCAAAUGAAUUAAAGCCAUAUGGUAUUGGUAUCGCAACCGGUGAAAUGUGCGCUAAUCGCGUGAUGUUUAAGCAAUUACUACAAGCAAAAGCAAUUGACUAUUGCCAAAUAGAUUCAGCUAGAAUAGGAGGGAUCAAUGAAAUAUUAGCUGUUUAUUUGAUGGCAAAGAAACUGGGCGUUCCAGUGUGUCCUCACGCUGGCGGAGUGGGCUUAUGCGAAAUGGUUCAACAUCUGCAAAUGUGGGAUUUUAUUUGCCUAAGUGCAUCUACUGAAAAUCGUGUGAUAGAAUACAUCGAUCAACAACAUGAACAUUUUGAAAAUCCUGUAGUUGUUCAGAAUGCUUGUUAUAUGCCACCUAUCAGUCCAGGUUAUUCAACUAAAUUCAACGAAAACUGUAUUAAAAAUUACUUGUAUCCGAAUGGAGAAAAAUGGAGGAAUAUGUAUGAACAAGGGCUUUUCCAUAAAUUAUCUGAUUGAGAAUAUUAUAAAAUUGAAACAUAUACUUCCAUAUUAACUGAAAUACAAUAUUUUGAUAUAAAUGUAUUUAAAUGAG